CCCUCGGGUGAGAGCGCGUCACGGACCGGUGCAGCAGCAGUAGCAGUGUGUUCAUUUGAGAGAGCAGGGGGGCUGAACGGAACACCGCCACCUUUCUGUCCAGCAUCUCCAGCCAGCGACACCCGACACAAGCAGCCUACACCCAGACGGUCCCCCGGUGUCCAGAGCUGCCCCUCCGCCUCCUCAAAAUGUCCGUGGCCAGUGACUUUGGAAACCCUUUAAGAAAAUUCAAACUCGUCUUUCUGGGGGAGCAGAGCGUUGGAAAGACGUCUCUGAUCACACGGUUCAUGUAUGACAGCUUUGACAACACAUAUCAGGCCACAAUUGGAAUUGACUUCCUGUCGAAAACCAUGUACUUGGAAGAUCGAACGCUUUCUCUCUCUGAACCCCAGGUGAGGUUGCAGCUCUGGGACACAGCGGGACAAGAGCGCUUCAGGAGCCUCAUUCCCAGUUAUAUACGGGACUCCACCGUGGCUGUGGUGGUCUACGACAUUACAAAUGUUAAUUCCUUCCAGCAGACUUGUAAAUGGAUUGAGGAUGUGAGAACGGAGAGAGGAAGUGAUGUCAUCAUUAUGCUUGUCGGCAAUAAGACAGAUCUGGCCGACAAGAGGCAAAUUACAAUCGAAGAAGGUGAACAGAGGGCUAAAGAGCUGAGCGUCAUGUUCAUAGAGACCAGCGCCAAGACGGGUUACAACGUCAAACAGCUGUUUCGACGUGUGGCAGCUGCUCUUCCUGGAAUGGAAAGUAUGCAAGAAACGAGCAAAGAAGGGAUGAUCGACAUCAAGUUGGACAAACAGCAGGAGCCCCAGACCACCGAGGGCGGCUGUUCCUGUUAACUCGGCACCGUGCUGGAUAAAACCUUCAUUUACACCACAUGCUUCUUAUGUUGCUUCCUAUUGGUUAACCUGCAGUUGACUUUGCACGUUGAGAAUCUGGCCUCCUCACCGGACUGUUGGUCAUCGGUUGGAGCCAGCAAUAUGUGAAUUUGGUUCUAAAGUAGUGUAGCCUACUCUGUUAGGGAAACUGCCAAAAAGUCUUACAACUUGCAAAAAAAAGAAAGAAAGAAGAAAAGACAGAUGUGAAAAAAAUAUUCCCAAGUUACAUAAGUAGAAAGAAUGUUCCCCAAGUUUCUUUUUUUUUAUUUUUGUAAAUUCAGAGAAAUCUCUCUGGAAUGGUUGCUUUUUUUAAAAGAUGCUAUCAACCAUGCUCUGUAUUUCAGAGCCUAAACAGAUGGUUUUAGGCAUAUUUAUAUGGAUCCCACUCUUGUUAUAGGCAAACAUGGAGAUUACUUAAACAUACCCAGUUUUAAAGGUCCCAUAUUGUAAAAAGUGAGAUGUGCCCAUCUUUUUUGAUUAUAAAGCAGGCUGAGGUGCUAUAUAAAUAAAAGUAUCAAAACACUCAAUCCAUAGAGAAAUAGACCUUGGGACCUUAAACCCCAACGCUCCUGCCCAUAACCCCUGUGGGAUCCAUGAUCGUUACAGUAACUGAACAGUAACACCUUGAGUAUCUAAUGCAUGCCUAGUUUUUGAGCAUAGGUACGGUCUGCCAGUGUGCACACGUUUGAAUAUGUAAAUGGUAACAACAUUACACCAGUGACUUAAUGCACUCUCAUAAUGACUAGUCUUUUUGUUUAAACUGUUGAACUGGAUUUGUAUACUUGACUUCAGAAUAUCUCUUUGUUGUGCGUACUUGAGUGUGUGUGCGUGCGUGCGUGUGUGCGUGAGUGUGUGCUUUCUGUAUAGGCAACAUUAGAAUGGAGUUAUAUAGGGGGCCACUGCCAAGUCGUGUCAUUCUUGCCACAUUACGGCACCAUUUAGCUCACCAUUUGUUUGUGAUAUGUCAUAGAUUCCCCCCCACUCACAGCCACAUGACAGCUGCCCUUGCAUUUUGUGAUGUCUUGGUAGUUGUGAUUAUGGUAGUCUGCGCUUCUGCUGUAGGUGAGCAGUGGAGAACCAAAGCCCUGGCCUUGUGCCACAGAGGAACACGUGUGGUGAUCUGUAGACCUAAAGGCCGGCUCUGGGAUCCGAACAGACCGCUAUCAUUGGAAACCAGUUCCAUUUCUGACAGAAGACUAAUUUGCACAUGUAGACCUUUCAGGUGAAUAUGAAGUUAUGAAAAGCUUCAUUGUAAAUGUCCAUUCACGUAGUUAAAGAACUGUGUGAUUGUCAUGUGACGUGCGCCCACUCAGAUGAGCUUUCCUUUGCUGCUUGUGUUGAAACGGACUGCUGCCGUUGGCUUUAUGCAACGUUCUUUAGGUAACAGAGCUACUGGUGGGGACGUCAGCCAGUGUCGAGAACACUACUUUGAUUUGACUCGUCUCUGAAGUGAAUUCUUAUUGCACUUUUGAAAAACAUGUUUUAGAAUUAGUGAGUGACAUUGUAAGUCUUAGAAACUAUUUCCACAUCAUUUGGAGAACUGUGUCUUAGAGUAGACUCAAACGUUGAUCACGUGUUCACACGGGUCCAAAAAAGGGGAGCACUCUUGGAAAAAAA